AGAAAGCUCUCUCGAAGAACUCUUUUCUUUUCUCUUUUCAUUUAUUUGUAUGCAGCCUCAGCUCUAUUUCAAAAGUGCAAAUUACUUAGCAGCAACAGAGAAGCAAGCAAUCAUUUAUCUGCUGUCUGCCAAAGCUUCAGGUCCACUGUAGACAGUUGAAUCAUGGACCCUGAACAAAACAUAGAGCAUACAUUGCUUCGUCACAUAAGACCGUAUCAGAUUACUUUCAAAAUCAGAGUUCGUGCAUCCAGACUUUGGAGACCGAAAAAGUAUAACAGUGACAUAUACGAUGGCCUCCAUUAUCUGUUAGUCGACGAAGAGGGACAUGCUAUUCAUGGUUUAAUUGAGGAAUCUGCUUAUCCUUACAUGUCCAACAAAAUGGAAGAAGGACAGGUGUAUGACAUUACCAAUUUCUAUAACCGAAAACCUAUAUCAAAAUAUAAAGUUGCUGAUCACGUGGUAGAACUGUGUUUCAAUGCCUUAACAAAGUUUGAGCCUGUAAUGGAUGCAUUCCCUCCAAUCCCAGAACAUUCAUUUAACUUCCUUCAUUUUGACAACUUGGAGGACCAGAUGAAGACUCAGACAGUACUUAAGGAUGUUUAUGGCUGUAUCAAAUCACUCAUACCAGAACAUCAAGUUACUGUUAAAGACACUGGAAAAUUGGUAUCAAAAUGUGAAAUCUUUAUAGAAAAUUUGAGGAGGGAGGAUAUCAGAAUUACCUUCUGGGGUGACAUAGCUAGAGAGUUUGAUAUGGAAAGAGUUAAACAGUUAUCCCCACCAGUGCUCGCUGUAUUCACGGGUUUAAGGUUGACCAAAUUCCAAGAACGGGUAACAGCAGCAACAACAGGCCAUACAUGCAUCAUCAUCAAUCCAGAUAUUCCAAUAGCAAAUGAAUACAAAGCCGAGUUCUCGAAAGCAGGCGACAAAGUGAAAAUACUUCCUGUACCUUUCAAACGGCCAACAGCAGAAGAGAUGAAAGACAGAACAACAAAGUCGGUCUUUGAAUUAAACACAUUGGAUCCAGAUAUAUACAUGAAUAAAACAGUGUGUUCCACUGCUUCGAUCCUCCGGUUUCCAGUUCACAAUGGUUGGUGGUAUAGAGGCUGUUCAAAGUGUUCUCAACAACUGAAGCAAAGAGAAGACACCAGUGAAUUAAUUUGUCCUAAACAUGAUGUGCAAAUAGCUGUGCCAUGUUACAAAGUUUAUGUCACCAUUCGAGAUGAUAAUAAUCAAGCAACACUCAUUCUGAUGGGGAGACAGGCAGAGCAGCUGUUUGGCAUCAAUUGUCAAGAUCUGGUUAACAAAAGACUGUAUCCAACAGAGCAGACACUACCAGAAGAGAUUAAGAAGACAAUUGAUGAAACCUAUCUCUUUGAAAUCACAGUCAAUCAAUACCGCGAGCUGAUGGUCACAAACAUUUUCCCAAGUAAGCAAUCCUUCGGAUCAAUGGUGGAACAAACCCCAACCACUGUAACACCGGAGUGGCUUCCAACUGAAAGAAAAAGAGACAUUGAAGCAAGUGGAAAAGCUUUGUGCAUCGUGGAGUCUGAGAAAAAAGCCAAGAAUGAGAAGGAGACCAAGCGUGGAGCAAUAAUAUCGGCAUCAUCAGUGUCAUCAUCAGCAAGCAUAGAACAACUUCAGAAAGAAAAGGCAGACUGAAUCUGAAUUGCUCCUCUGUACAGCUGUAACUUAUUUUAUCUAAUUAUAUCUGCGCUGACUCCAUUUUGUGUACAGCUAUAGUCAGCAAAACAACUGGAUCGUUUGGAAACUGGAGGUAUUAAUUUUUUGGUCAAACUCCAGUCCAACUUUUUGAUAAUUAGCUCCAGUUGUUUCACCAGUGAUAACAGAUCUAAUGAUCUUUGAACAAUGGAAGCAGUUAAUUUUUUGGACAACCAAUGCCAGCUACUCUGGCUGGGUUGUACUAGCUUCCUUUGAAUGAGAUACUCUAUCAGUACUGUAUUGACUUAACUAUAUGUAGUAAUUUGUGAGUAAUGUUUAAAUUCCACUUCUUCAUAAAC